CUACCUCCCCACGAGCCAGCUCCGCCAGGCACGGCCAGAGUGGGACAGAUUCUGGGAGCGAAGCGGGGAGGAGUCCUGGGCCGGCUGAGUGGGGAGCCGCUUGGCGGUGCCUGAGUCCAGGCCCCAGAGCCCUGCUGGAGAGGAGGCAGUCCUGGGAGGCAGGCCCCGCGAGGAGUGAGGCAGUGAAAUGGCAGACUGCUACACAGAGCUGGAGAAGGCCGUCGUGGUCCUGGUGGAAAACUUCUACAAAUACGUGUCUAAACACAGUCUGGUCAAGAACAAGAUCAGCAAAAGCAGCUUCCGGAAGAUGCUUCAGAAAGAGCUUAACCAUAUGCUGACGGAUACAGGUAACCGGAAGGCUGCUGACAAGCUCAUCCAGAACCUGGACGCCAACCACGAUGGGCGCAUCAGCUUUGACGAGUACUGGACCUUGAUAGGCGGCAUCACGGGCCCCAUCGCCAACCUUAUCCGCCAGCAGGAGCAGCAGAGCGGCAGCUAGAGGACCCCUCCCACCGCCCCUCCACGCCCAGCCCCUGGUGCUCUUCCCGGGCUCCCCGCAGCCUCCUCCACCCACCCAGGCCCCCCGUCCUCGCUCCUCCCUGCGCGCCUCCUGCUGAACAGGGGAAUGGGCCCCUCCAGAGUGUCGUGGUCUGGGGGUGCCUCCCAAAGGGUCUUAGUCCCUGGAGCCAGCAGGCCCCGGGGGCCCCUCUGUGAGGCUUCAGGGCUGCUUGGGGUCCCCGCGAGUUUCCUGCUCAGUCCACCAACCCCUCCAGCGUCUGAUGCUCUGCCUGAUGCUGGGUGUCUCCUGACCUCUGCUUGGGGUCUCCCUGGCCCCCGGAAGCAGGAGCAGAGGCCUCUCCUCUUUCUCUCAGCCUGUGUGCUGGGGACAGAAGAUUUCCAGGGACUGUGGGUCAGGGAACAGUCGAGCAGGGCUGCCCCCACCCCCGCUCCUGCUCACCACUGAUGCGGUGGCAAUAAAGGCUGGAUUUGGAGUUUGUACCCCCUCA